AUGAAGCGGGCACGAAUAGAAAGAUGGGGGAGCCAAUUGCUGCAGUCGCGGCCGCAGGGCACACGACCGCAGUGUCUAUACCAGCAGCCUCAGCACCCACAGCCUCAUAACCACCGCCCGCAGUGGCAUUGGCAGGCAGUCAGAGCCCAGUCCACCACCUCCACUCCACUAUCAUCACCGUCUCGCCGACCACCGCCAGCCUCCCACGCUCCACGCAUCCCCCGCGAGUCUCUCCCAUCACCACCACUCUCCGCCGCCCGCUCAUCAGCCAAACUCUCCGCCCUCCACGCGCGACUAUCCCUACCCUCCCGACUCCCUCUCGAGACCCUCGCACGCGCCCUCAUCGAUCCCUCCGCAGACCCAAACCCUGACCUCAACAACGCCUCCCUAGCACUUCUCGGCCAAGACCUCCUGGGCUACUACACCGCCGAGCACCUCCUUGCGCACUAUCCGCGCCUGCCACAGACGGUCCUCUACGCCGCGCAGUACGCAUAUGUCGGCGGCAAAACGCUCGCGGCCGUAACGAGGGAAUGGGGCGUCGAGGCUGCGGCUGAGCCGGGCGGGGAGGUCGAUCCGGGAUUGCUGCAGUUUAAGAGGGUCAAGCCUGGGACGGACAUCUCUGGCGCUGCUGCUGGCGAGACGAUAGGGCCGGAUGGGGUUAAUAGGAGCCAGUGGCGGCUUGGCAUGGGCAUGCGCAACGUCUCGGGCGACGAGUUUGGCGACAUCAACGCGUCAGGGCUGGAUGCAGCCGCUGGUGUCACGUUAGAGGACGCGAGCAAGACGUUCGUGCGGGCGCUCGUCGGCGCGGUAUACUUGCACUGCGGCCAGCUGUCUACGAAACGGUUCUACGCGAGUCACUUUUUGAGCCGGCAGUUGGACCUCUCGACCCUCUUCGCUUUCAGAACGCCAACGCGUGAUUUGUCAAGACUGUGUGCAAGAGAAGGAUUCGAGGCCCCUGUGGCGCGGCUGCUGAGCGAGACGGGACGGCUGUCGCGGCAUCCGGUGUUCGUGGUGGGUGUGUAUUCUGGUCCGGACAAGCUGGGCGAGGGCGCGGGAGCUAGUCUUGACGAGGCGAGGACGAGAGCCGCGGCUGCGGCGCUUAAGAGUUGGUAUCUUUACUCGCCGGAGGAGGUGACUGUGCCCAGCGAGGCAGAGGGCAAGGGGGAUCAGGGGAAGAGAUGGGUGCCGUGUAUGGUUGACUGUGGGGAGGUGAUUGCAUAG